AUGUUCAGGAAUAAUAAUAAUGCUAAUGAUGCUAAUAACGAUAAUACAUGUAAAGUUGAAGUUGAGCAUCAACAGGCAGGAAAAAUAACUACCCAAAAUGACACUACUUCGGAAUGUUUAAAAGAGAAGGAAUUUUCCAGGGAUAAUGUUGAUAUAGUUAAAAGCCCUACUUCAAAUAUUCAUCUAUCGCCAAAUGGUGAUACUUACGAUACUGCUAAUGAAUAUAAUUUUUCUAACAAAAAAUCAUUGAAUGCUAUUGAAGAAGAAAUAUCAAAUGAAGAGGAAAUUGAAACUAUAAAAAAUAUAAAAGUUGAACAAGAGAAUAAAAUCACACUACCCCAUAUAUCAGUCAUGGAAAAUAAUGAUCCAAUAGAUGAACAAUUCGAUUUUGAAAAAUCGAAUGAUAGUGAUAGUAUUACUUCGGAUGUUUCUGCCAGUGAACAUAGUGAUAAUCAUCAUAUAUCAAAACCUAGUAUUGUAAGUAAUUUAUCAAAAAAUUCAAGCAUACAUAAAUGUAAAAGUGAAGAGCAUGUACUUCCUACGAAUUACAACAAUAACAAAAAUCUAGAUGCUCAACUUGAAGAUUUAACCCUACGUGAUAUUGAGAUUAAUUCUGAUGAAAUUAAAAGCAAACGUAACUGUAAAAGUUUGGAGAUUGAUCAACAUGCAACUUUAGUGUCAAACAAAUCCCAGAAAAAUGACAUUUUCUCAGAAAAACUGGAUUUCAAAGGGCUUAAAAAAAUUGGAUUUCGCUCGGUUAGUACACCUCCAGAUGUUUCCCCUAAAACUGUUAAAUCAUUUAUACACAAGAACACCACUGGUGGUUGUAAUACAAAUAACAAUAGUGGCUGGAAUAGCAUGGACGGGAAAACUAUAUCCACAAAAUCAUCGACAUCAUCGCUAAAAUCAAAAUUAAACAAGUCAAUAUCCUUUUUAGCAAGUAAAGUUUCGACAUCGCCACUGUCCAGUAAUGCCACCCAUAGCAAUUUAAUAUCAAAUGAAAGUACCAAAAAUGUUUUUUCAAAUAAUGGUGAAAUAUCUACUUUUAAUUCAAAUUCUAACUUGGCUUCGAAUCUACCGUCUACCCCACUUCUUCAUCCAGGAGUAUCUUCGUCUCCUAUAGAUAUUAUUUUACUUGAUGAGCCAAAUAACAGUAGCAGUAUUGGGUAUAAUAGACUAUUAGGAUCUAAAAGCCCGAUCAAAGCAACUGAAAUAUUAACUGGAAGUCCAAGGUCAAGAGAGACCAGCUCCAGUUCAGAUGUUUCUCUCGUGGUAGAUAAUUUUGCUAUGAAUAAUGUUAGUAACAAUGUGAAUCCUAACACCCCACAAAUAACACUAUUAUCUUCCUCAGGAAAUAACUUGUUUUUUGAUGGUGACGAUGUCAAUAAUAAUAAUAAUAAUAAUAAUAAUAAUAAUAAUAAUAAUAAUGCUAGAAACAGUUGCACUAUUGAAGAUGUUUUGAUAAAUGGAGAGUUAAAUAAAACUAAUGUUAAUGGAAGACAUGUUUCUAAUGAUAUGCUAUAUUCUGGGAAAAAUAUUGAUAGAUCAAACUCAGAUAGAGCUUUAAAAACUAAUACCAAGGUUUCAGUUUAUAAAAAUGAAAAAAAUACUUCAAGUAAUAUGGAAAUAAAUACCAUGUCACAUACAACUGGCAACAAUAUUAUUUCUUCUGGUAUUAAUGACUCAGCAGCUGCAAAUAAAUCAACUUUGAAAAAUAACUUGAGCGUGCCUAACCAAACAUUAUUAACUCGUAAAAGGAGUAAAACAGUAGGGGCAUACGAUUAUCAAAGCAAUGCAAAAGUAUCCUUGUCCGCUUCACCACCUUUAUUGGAAAAUGUAGGUAACAGUACCAAUAAUCGCGUCAAUAACAGUACUGCAUUGAACAAGUUGCCUUCAACCAAAACCUCACUGCAAAAAAGGUCAAAUAGUUUUAAGAGUUUGGAUUCGCGUUCGAGUCUGGGAAUAACCCAUUUACCUGAUUCAUCUACUUCAUUUAAGGAAUCUACAAGUAGUUCUUUCGUCCCACCUGCAUUUACUCCUCAUAAAAGAAGUAAUACCAUUGUUAAUGCUAUAAGUAAUUUUGUCAGUUUAAAAUCAACACCAUCAUUGUCAAAUAUAUCAGGUUUCAACAAUAAUAGUGGGUCUUCUUCUGCUUCAUCCCUGAUGAAUGGGUCGAAAUUUGUCAACUUGGAAUUAUUGCCCAAGCCAGCAGAGCCUGAUUUGGAAAAUGACACUGAAGAGACCUAUUUAGCAAAAAUUAACUCGUAUGGAAAAUAUAUAACCUACAUUCUAAGCCAAAGUGAUUCUGAAUUUAAAAACAAGACAUUAAAAUAUUUUAUUUUUACAAGAUUUGAUUUUAAAAACGAACCUUUAGAUAUUUCAUUACGGAAAUUAUUACUAUUUAUUCAAUUACCAAAGGAAACACAACAAAUAGAUCGUAUAAUAAUGGCAUUUAGCGAAAAAUAUUUUCAAGAUUCGAAGCCUUCUAUAUGGUCAGAUCAUGGACAAGUUUACUUUAUCAGCUUCUCUUUAUUAAUGCUACAUACAGACCAUUUUAAUUUCAAUAAUAAGAAUAAAAUCAGUAGAAAAGAGUUUAUAGAAUUGAUUAAGUCAGAUACUGAAUCACAUGGAGAUAAGAUUUCGAGCGAAGUGUUAGGCUAUUUUUUUGAUAACAUUACCAAUAAGGAGUUCCCAACAAUACAUUUUCCCUUCCCUACAGAGAGUGAUACAAGUUUGCGUAAAAAUGAUAAUUUUAAGACUGCAAACUCCCAUUUGCUGUAUUCACCCAUUGAUUUAAUUCAGUCGCAUGAAUUACUAUCUAUUUAUCCCGAAUUUUUGGAAUGUUUGUCAUCAUUUUCUCCAUCCUAUGCAUCAUCAAAUUUUUCAAAUGAGACGCUCAAUAAUAAUGGUAGUUUUAAUAGAGUGUCCUCAUAUUUGCCAUUUUCAUCUUAUUUACAACCGAAUCUAGCUUCAUCCUCAUCAUCAUUAGAUUUACCUCAGCCAAAUGUCAAUAACAAUAUUGGCUCUUCGCCAAUUACAAAGACAAUAUCCCCAAGAUCACCAUCGUAUGCUGGAAUAAAUCCGUUUAUCGAUGGGAAAUCGGUUUCGAAAAAUAAUUUUUUUGAAAAUUUGGAUAUCUAUAGUAAUAUUAUUAAUGAUACAAUUAAUUCUAUUACAGUAUCUAGUUUACAUUCUGAUAUGUUUAAUUUUCUGGAUAGAGCAUCGAGCCAGCAAGAAGUGCCGGCCAUUAUUGAUAAAAAUUCUUUAAGGUAUAAAAAUUAUAUCAAGUACUCGAUGAUGAUUAAAGAUUUGAAGGGUGGGUACCUAAAAUUUAAUGAAAAUGAUGUAUUAAAGAAUGGAAAAAUCAAAACAGCUUUGGUUAAUAAAAACAUAACUACUUUUGAAGCAGAUACUAGUGAAUUGUGGAAAUAUGUUAAAAUUAUUCAAAUGGGGUCUUUAUACCUUCAUGUCUCGUCGGUGCCUAAAAGGAGGAAAAAUAAGAAAAACCAUGGAUCUGGGAAUGCGAGUUCUUCUAAUUGCAAUAAUACAAGCACUGUUAGAAAAAGAAGAUAUAGUAUUAUUCCAGUAAACAUAAAUAAUAAUAGCGAUAAUGGUGAUGAUGGUGAUAAUAAUAAUAGUAAUAAUAAUAAUAAUAAUAAUAAUAAUAAUAAUAAUAAUAAUAAUAAUAAUAAUAAUAAUAAUAAUAAUAAUAAUAAUAAUAAUAGUGGUAGUGGUAGUAGUAAUAAUAACAUUAAUAAUAAUGGAGCAAAUUCUUCUAAUGGCAACAACAAUAAUGUGUUUAAUAGCAAAGGUAAUAAUGAUAUGUUGGGUCUCGAUAAUUAUUCUGAUAAAGUGAGUAGUUUAUACUAUAAGACCUUUGGUACCGAUUUUGUUGGGGAUGGGGGUGAUUAUUAUGAGGAGCUUGAAAAAGAUCUAAAGUUGAUAAAUAUAGAAAUUGACAAAGAGAAAAAGUUAAAUGCAGUGAAAAGGCAGCAGAAUGCGUUAUCAGUGGUUGGUAAUCACGAAGAAAUCAGACAACACCACUUUUCCGCUGAUAAAUGGAAAAAAGUUUUCUGCAUAUUAACAGUUAUUGGAUUAUUUGUUUUUGAGAAUAAUGACUGGGUUCACCCAGAAAUCAUGAAGAUCAACGAUGUGUCCAAUUAUCUAGUUGAUUUUACUCCGAUAUCCAGUAAAAAAUUAAAAUCCAUAUUGAGCGGUAAUGGUUUAUUUGUAAACAAGAUUGAGCCACAUGCUUUUGAAAUUUAUAACGCUAAUAAAAGGGAGAUAUAUUAUUGCCAUAAUCUAAGGGAAAUAGACUACUGGGUCGAUUCAAUAAACGUUGUGUCUGCGUUUGAACAUUGUAACUUGGAAUUGAAAACGGUUCCCAAUUCCUUAAUUCCAAUUAAACGAAUGGAUAUGGUGGAAAGAUUAGCCAAAUGGGAAAAAUCAAAGUCGGCCAAAGAAUUUUUCCUAAAGGAAAUUGAAGCAACACUCAAAUUUACUGGAACUUGUGUUCCAUUAUCAAAAAAAACUUAUGAGGAAUUAAUUUUGUAUUUAAAACAAUUGAAAGUUAAACAUGGUUGGUGUUUUUAUGAAGUGUGCAGAAAUCAAGUUUAUAUAGAUAUCAUUAAAAGUGUUUGUCAUAUUUUUGGAUAUGAUUUGGUGGAUCUGGAAAAACAGGUUAAAAACAGGUUGCAUACAAAAUUGGUAAAUAGCUCAAUAGGCACUCUAACUAAGGAAACCGCUGAUACUGGUACACAUGAAGAAGAUAACGAGAAUAAGAUUGAGAUUGAUGAGAAAAAUAAUAUUUUACAUGGGACAAAUAUUAAAUAG